UCAUUCUUCCAUUAAUUGAGGAACAUCAUCUUAAACUUUUCCCGCUGCAGCUGGUUCCACUCUUCUCCUGACAUUUCCUCCUACUGGUUAAUCUCCCCGUUAUUUCGCCUUAGUAUCCCCUUUUAUCAUUCUUCUCGCUAUGUGCUGAUCAUGACUUACUUACCCCGAAUCGGUAAUAUACCCUUAAUCCAAACGCGGAAAGCCCUGCUUCUCCUGGACUUUCAAAAUGAUUUUGUGCGCCCGUCGGGAGCUCUACAUGUUCCCAACACCGCCGAAUUUUUAGAAAGCUUGCCUCAGUUGGCGAGUGCGUUCCGUGGUACCGGCGAAGUGGUCUGGGUGCGAACGCAAUACGAGUCAUGUCGACCGCCUGUCGGACCCGAUGAGCAGGAGUAUAUCAUCCUAGGUACCGACACGGCUAAUAAGAGACCUCGUUCAGAGAAAUCUACGCGUCCCGGAAGUGUAGAGCCACAAGCCCCGGUCGACGAGGAGGCGUUUUUGUCGAGUGAAACAUCGAAAUGCUGUCGGCCGCAGACGCCGGGCGUGCAGUUCCCCGCGCCUAUUUUAGCCGCCAUCGAUGCUGAGUCGGAUACUUUGAUAGACAAAACCGACUACUCGGCAUUACAGGAUCCAGGGUUAAUUCUUUAUCUUCGCACACGCUUUGUUACAGAGCUGUACCUGUGCGGCUCUCUUUGUAACGCCUCAGUGUAUGCCACCGCCCUCGAUGCCGUCCGACACGGGUUCUCGGUUACCCUGAUCGAGGAUUGCUUGGGUUUUCGUAGCUUCCCUCGCCACGAGGAGGCGAUGCGACGCAUGGCCGACAUUUUUGGGGCCAGUGGUAUUACUACGGAGGAACUCUAUGAAGAGCUCGAUUGGCAGGAAACCGAUGCCAUCGCACGGAAAGGCGGUCCCAGACCCGUUCGGAAUGCUACCUCCUCGGGUAUUGAAAGGGUCAUGGAUGACCUGGACUUCAAGCUAACCACGCCCGCUAGAGUAGAAGAACCCGAACCAAUUCAGCAGGCGAGCCCGCCCCGUCUCGGCGCGGCCCUCGGGAAAGAUCCUCUGGAGGAUCAUGACGAUAUUUUGGCGUCAGUAGCUCGCACCCGCCACAGUCGUGCGGCGGCGCAUGCGCAAAAGCAGCGCGUGAAAACUCGUCGAACGCAGAGAGAGCCUAAAGGUGAAUCCACGUCGCGGGUUGAGAGUCGACGGAGCACAAAGUCUAAGCCGUCUCGCGACAUUCGCAAGCCAGGAGAUGCCAUCGGCGAAGGGGACUCACGCAUCAUCUAUGAUUUGGAGCUUCCGUCCAAUUCUUUUGAAAAGAUCCGCAAUGAGGUCGCCUGGCAAAAGAUGUACCACAUGUCUGGAGAGGUCCCGCGUUUGGUCGCCGUGCAAGGACAGGCCUUGUCGGAUGGCUCUAUUCCCAUUUAUCGUCAUCCAGCCGAUGAAUCGCCUCCAUUGCAGCCGUUCACGGCCACCGUGGACCGCGUGCGCAUGAUCGUGGAACGCAUUCUGCGGCAUCCUCUAAAUCAUGUCCUCAUUCAGCUCUAUCGCGACGGGCAAGACCGUAUUUCCGAGCAUUCGGACAAGACUCUCGAUAUUGUCCGCGGGUCAUCGAUUUGUAAUGUCAGCCUCGGCGCCCAGCGAGUGAUGGUCCUCCGUAGCAAAUCCCAUGAGGGUGAAGAGGGGGAGUCGAGUCGAGCAACGCAACGCGUACCGAUGCCGCACGAGUCCCUUUUCAUCUUGGGUGAGAAGACUAAUAUGCGGUGGCUUCAUGGCAUUCGUCCCGACAAACGUGCGGACAACGAGAAGUCCAUGGACGAGCGGGCUUAUAAUGGUGAGCGGAUAUCGCUCACCUUCCGCCACAUUGGCACCUUCCUGAACCCCACCGGUGACACGAUCUGGGGCCAAGGAGCCGUGUCGAAAAGUCAGGACCAGGCCAAUGCUGUGAUCCACGGUAAUCCCGCGGAGACGGAGCGACUCAUCCGGGCAUUUGGCGAAGAGAACCGUGCGGUUGAUUUUGACUGGGAUGCUGUUUACGGCGGGGGAUUCGAUGGGGUUAACUUUGUCACCUCAUCGACGAACAAGCUCGUGGUAGGCCCAGAUGCUGUGGCCAAUCUGCGAGUGUUGCUCUGUUUGAGCGAGCACGGUAUUCGAUAUAAUCUGGAAACUCCUGACAGCGGGAAGGAUGCUGGACCAGUAUUAUACGUCGAUACGGACGGUACCAAGGUCGCUGGCGACAUUAAUAUUAUGACUCAUGUAGCACGCCGUUCUACAGAGCUGAACCGACCGGGAGUAGAACCGUUGCAUGGGGGUGAUCGGCUUGCGGAGAUUGACGAACUCUUGAAGAGCUGGCGAGAGAAUCAGGAAGAUGAUGAGGACAAUUUGAGAGCGUUGGAUACAUGGGAGCGGGCCUUGGUUGGACAGUCUUAUUUGAAUGGGCCCGCCUUUGGACUGGACGACUGUUCGCUCUGGCCAGUUUUGAAAGAAAUUGUAGAGGCCCGUGGGCCAUUCUCAAUGAAGGCGUAUCGCAACUUGGCUCAGUAUUAUCAGCGGGUCGAGAAUCGCGGCUUCGUCAGAAAGUCUCUGGAGGAAUUGAAAUGAUUUUGGUUUGCACAUUGGCUUCAGGUCUAUUUACACGAUAUGAUGUUAUGAUGGCCAUGGUUUACCUAUAAUGCCGACGGAUCUGGGAUCUGUCUUGACCCAAAUUGUCAUUUGAACGCGUGGGUAUCGAGAACUAUAUACAUAAUGUGCACUAGCAUACUACAUGCCAAUACACUAUUUCGACACAAAACACCUCUAUCAUUAGGUGGUCGCUAUCUCUACAGACAGUCGCCCGGGAAAUCAGUACUUGUCAAGACAUCCUUCAGUGCGACACCGCUGCACACCACCGCUUUCAGAAAAGCAUCCGCCAC